AGAAGACUUUCCGGAGAUUAUGAAUUUAAAGAUCCAAAAUCACCUGAGGAAAUUAUCGUUAGUGUAACUGUUUAUUUUAAAGAUAAGGAUGGGGGUGUAAAGAAGGUAGCUGGAAAAGUUGGGGACAAUCUUAUGUAUCUUGCACAUCGAUAUAGAGUCGAUAUUGAAGGCGCAUGCGAAGCCUCUUGUGCCUGUUCUACUUGUCACGUUUUCGUCAAGGAUGAAUUCUUUGAUAAACUUCCAGAUGCAGCGGACGAAGAAAAUGAUAUGCUUGAUCAAGCGCCUUUCCUUAAACCCAACUCCAGAUUAGCUUGUCAAAUAAUUUUAGCCAAGGAAUUGGAUGGAAUUGAGCUCAUGUUGAGCAAUCAAACAGAUGAUCGAUACAAGGCUUGCAGAAUUUGGGAGCAAAUAUUAACUACAGAGAGUGAUUUCAUACAAUCGUCCGGAGAUCAUCUUGAACUUUUCAAAUCUGCAAAAUCGCCAUCUGUGUACUACUCGAGAAUACUUAAUUACACUAAGUGCGGAAAUACUAGUCAAUCAUUAAAUAAUUUACACAAACUAAUAUCAGAUUUACAUAACGAGGCAGUGUAUUGCAAAAGUUCGCAAAAAGCCGGAGCACUUCGAGAAGAAGGCAAUGCCUACUUUAGGUUAGGCGAAUCCUACAGAAAAGGUCUCUUAGUUGCUCCUCAGAAAUCGAAGGAAUUUGCUUUACUCCACGGUAACCUCUCGGCAGCACUUCUACACCAAUCCAAAUGGGCUGCCUGUGUAUGGCAUACGUGCUUAGCCUUGAAAUAUCUCAAGGAAAACGAUGCCCCCAUAAACAGGCGAUUGAAUCUGAGGUUGGGGGAAGCGCUGGAGAAGCUUCACAAAAGAGAUUUGAUUGGAUUGAAUAAUUGCUACGAAUGGAUUUCGCAUUGUAGGAAUGAAGAAUUUGAAGACAAUGAACAGGAAGAGCGAUACGGAGUAGUCAAUGUACCUAAACCAAAAUAUGGUCGUGGUGAUCCCAAGGCCUUUUCUAGUCAGUUAAUAGUAAAAGAGUCCCCGGAAAAAGGGAGAUAUGUUAUUAGUAAAGGCAAUUUUACUGCUGGAGAUGUCUUAGCUAGUGAGCCUGCUGGUGGUUGGCAUGGAGGCGAUUUCACAGAUUCCGAGAUUUCAAGGGAAGAGCUUGCUGUUUCAUCCUGUAUUCUACUGCCCUUUCAACGCCAUAAUCGAUGUUUCGCAUGUCAUAAUCACUUGGAGAGCAUAGGAUACAUUUGUCUUGAUUGCAAUGAUGCAGCAUUUUGUGGUCCGCCGUCAAUUUGUUUUUCCAAACAUUUUAAAGGAGAUCACUUUGAAAUUCCACAAUGGCACAGGGAUGAAUGCAGAUUCAUCUUCUUGUUGAACUCAAUUGGUUUGGGACACCUAUGCUAUCGAUUGGGAACACUACGUGGGCGUAAAAUUCUGCGAACGGAUGGAGACGUGUCCAUUGACAACCUAGUUGAUAACUUUCAGUUCUUUCCAUCGAAUUUUGAGUAUGCGUUGACAGGAUGGCUGUGUGGAUUGUUAAUGGAGAAAAUGGGAUUGCCAAACGCGGGAGAAUGGUGCUUUGGAAUGUUGCGCCGUUUACAGUGCAAUGCACAUGCAUUAACGGAAGUUAGCGUUGAAUCUUCUGAAGGUGGUGAUUUGUCUGGAAUAGUACAAGAGCGUAUUGGUGGGGGACUCUUCCCUGCUGUGUCUCUGAUUAACCACGCAUGCGAACCGAAUAUCACAUACCAGUUCUUGAAUGGCUUUAUUGUAAUCCGUUGCAUCAAAGAUCUUAAACCAGGAGAUGAAAUCUUAGCAUGUUAUGGACCUCAUUAUCUUCGCCAUCCUGAUUCAGAGUUGAGGAGAAAGGCCCUCAACGAACAAUAUUUUUUUAAUUGUAAUUGUAGGCACUGUUGCCGUGAGGAGAAUAAACCUGUUGAAAUGUCUUCAGAAACUACAGAGGAAUGGAACAAGUUGGUUGAUCAGGUUCGGGAUGAAAAUACCCUUAUAUCUAAGUACAAACCCCUAUUUGGUCGAUUGAAGACGUUAUCUUCUAUGAAAUCAUUCGGAAAUUUUCAACCCUCCUACGGUGAAAUAGCUGAUGAAAUUGCCCAACGAUUGUUGAACCAGACUCUGGCGACGGCUUCUUUCCGGGAGAGUCGGGAAAUUGUCAUCUACCUAGUUAACGAAUCGACAGAAUAUGUGAGGAAACGCUUUGGAGUCAACAGUACUGAAUACGCCUGGGAAUUGGUUAAAAUGUUAAGUGUUGAUAAGGCCUUUGGAUUGGCUAGCAAGGCGGAAGCGAAGGCGUCUGUUCGAAGAAUAAUCACCAUCCACUACGGCCAGAGAGAAGCGAAGAAAAUCCUAAGUUGUGAAAAAUUGCGAGAUAUCUUCGAAUAA